AUGUGCCCUGUGCUUCUCUGGACACUGCUGCGACUGAGGGCGGACAGCGCGACACGUGCAUCGUGGAGCGAGGCUCCCUACUGGUUCAGUCGGGUAUUGUCUGUCCAGAGCGGGUUAUGCAGCCGCAAUCGGAUUCUUGUUGGGCGGCUGAGGACCAACGUUUACAGCCUCUGGCGAGGCGGCGCCACAGCCCUGUUUUAUACAAGGAGCGACCUCGAUGGUCGCCCGAACAGCACGAGUGCACCGCAGAUUUCUCAAGGCUUCUUGUGCGCGGCCUUCUGCGCCUGCCUGCUCAAGUUGAUGUAA